UGACUUUUGGGCUGACAAAAGCGCGAGAAGACAUCUCACAUCACUCGUCAGAGCUCGCACACGCAAAACACACAUCGCGUUUUUUUCCCUCCGUCGUCGUUUCAAAUGUGCUGCUGCGGAAAAAAGGCUAUUUUCCUAUUUUGCGAGCUGCACUACACCUGAGGGCUACUGCGAUUGACGACGUGCGAGGAGCAGGAACCAUCCGAAGGAGGAGGAGCAGCAAGAGGAGAAAGAAGUUUGAGCAGCGAAAAGGUUUGAACGGAACAACGGGAUGAGCGUGGACACGUACGACGGGGCGGUCGGCUCGCAGACGCUGACCUUCCUGGACACCGAGGAGAAUGACCUGAUCGGGGCCGACACGCAGGGCACGGACUUUGACUUCCGGGAUUUUACCAUUCCGUCCCAGAGCCAAACGUUGGCCUCGCAGCUGGACCACCUCGGGGGAGGAGCGGGUGCGGUCGGUACGAGCGGAACCGGUGCCAUCGGAGGACAGCUCAACGGGUUCGGGCGUCGGCUUGGGUCGGAGGCGUCCAAGAUUGCCGGCAUCACGUCCGCCAUCGGCGAGCUGCAGUUCGAGGAGGACGAAGACGAUGGGGCGCUCGGUGCCCAGCAGCAGGACUUGCCGCCGCACGCGUGCCGUUACUGCGGCAUUCACGAGCCGAGUACGGUCGUGAUGUGCAACAUCUGCAAGAAGUGGUUCUGCAACGGGCGCGGCAGCACGUCCGGGUCGCACAUCGUGAACCACCUGGUGCGGGCGAAGCACCGGGAAGUGACGCUGCACGGUGAUGGGCCGCUCGGGGAGACCGUGCUGGAGUGUUACUCGUGCGGGGUGCGGAACGUGUUCGUGCUGGGGUUCAUACCGGCCAAGGCGGACUCGGUGGUGGUGCUGUUGUGCAGACAACCGUGCGCCGCGCAAAACUCCAUCAAGGACAUGAACUGGGACCAGGAGCAGUGGAAGCCGCUGAUCGCCGACCGGUGCUUCUUGUUCUGGCUGGUCAAGGUGCCGACCGAGCAGGAGCAGCUGCGUGCGCGCCAGGUUUCGGCCGCCCAGAUCAACAAGCUGGAGGAGCUGUGGAAGGAGAACGUGGACGCGACCUUCCAGGACCUGGAGAAGCCCGGCAUCGACAAGGAGCACUCGCCGGUGCAGUUCCGGUACGUGGACGGGUACCAGUACCAGAACAUUUUUGGGCCGCUGGUCAAGCUGGAGGCGGACUACGACAAGCGUUUGAAGGAGAGCCAGACGCAGGAGAACAUCGAGAUCCGGUGGGACACGGGGUUGAACAAGAAGACGAUUGCUUACUUUACGCUGGCGAAGAACGAUGGCGAUAUGAAGCUGAUGCACGGGGACGAGUUGCGGCUGCGGUAUAACGGGGAGCUGCACAAGCCGUGGAGUUGCGUGGGGCACGUGAUUAAGGUGCCGGACAAUUACGGGGAGGAUGUGGGGUUGGAGUUGAAGCACAACCAUCAGGCGCCGGUCGAGUGCAGUUCGAACUUUGCGGUGGAUUUUAUUUGGAAGGGGACGUCGUUUGAUCGGAUGCAGAUGGCGCUGCGCAAGUUUGCGGUGGACGACAACAGCGUGUCGAACUACAUCUACUCGCGGCUGCUGGGACAUGGCAGACAGGACGGGUCAGACGAUGUGACGUUCCGGAUUAAUAAUCUGCCGAAGCACUUUAGUGCGGCCAAUUUGCCGGAUUUGAAUCGCUCGCAGGUUUACGCCGUGAAGCACGCGCUGCAGCGUCCGCUGAGCUUGAUCCAGGGUCCGCCGGGAACGGGCAAGACGGUUACGUCCGCAACGAUCGUGUACCAGCUGGUGCGGUUGAAUGGGGGGCCGAUUCUGGUGUGCGCCCCGAGUAACACUGCGGUUGAUCAGCUGACGGAGAAGAUUCACCGGACGAACCUGAAGGUGGUGCGAGUUUGUGCCAAGUCUCGGGAGGCGAUCGAUUCGCCGGUGAGCUUUUUGGCGCUGCACAACCAGAUCCGUAACAUGGAGCAGAACAGCGAUCUGAAGAAGCUGCAGCAGCUGAAGGAUGAAACUGGGGAGUUGAGUUCGUCGGACGAGAAGCGCUAUCGGAUGUUGAAGAAGCAAGCGGAGCGGGAGUUGCUGGAGGCGGCGGACGUGAUUUGCUGCACGUGUGUUGGUGCGGGGGAUCCGCGGCUUCAGCGCAUCAAGUUCAGCUCGAUUUUGAUUGACGAGUCGAUGCAGUCUACGGAGCCGGAGUGCAUGGUUCCGGUGGUGCUGGGAGCGAAGCAGUUGAUUCUGGUUGGAGACCACUGCCAGCUGGGACCGGUCGUGAUGUGCAAGAAGGCGGCCAAGGCUGGAUUGUCGCAGAGUUUGUUCGAGCGGUUGGUGGUGCUUGGGAUUCGUCCGUUCCGGCUGGAGGUUCAGUAUCGUAUGCACCCGGAGUUGUCGCAGUUUCCGUCGAACUUUUUCUACGAAGGCAGUCUGCAGAACGGGGUGUGUGCUGAGGAGCGCAAGCUGAAGGUAGACUUUCCGUGGCCGUCACCGGAUACGCCGAUGUUUUUCUUGGUGACCCAAGGGCAGGAGGAAAUUGCCGGGUCGGGAACGUCCUACUUGAAUCGUACCGAAGCGUCGAACGUGGAGAAGAUCACGACGAGGUUCUUGAAGGCUGGGGUUAAGCCGGAGCAGAUUGGCAUCAUUACGCCGUACGAGGGCCAGCGGGCUUAUUUGGUGCAGUACAUGCAGUACCAGGGUUCGCUGCACUCGAAGCUGUACCAGGAGAUUGAGAUUGCUAGCGUGGAUGCUUUCCAGGGUCGCGAGAAGGACAUUAUCAUCAUGUCGUGCGUGCGCUCGAACGAACAUCAGGGCAUCGGAUUUUUGAACGACCCUCGGCGGUUGAACGUGGCGCUCACCCGUGCCAAGUACGGAAUCAUCAUCGUGGGUAAUCCGAAGGUACUUUCGAAGCAGCAGCUGUGGAACCAUUUGCUAAACUUUUACAAGGACAAAAAAGUGCUGGUCGAGGGUUCGCUGAACAAUCUGAAGGAGUCGAUGAUUCAGUUUACCAAGCCGAAGAAGAUCGUAAACACGCUGAAUCCGGGCUCGCACUUUAUGAACACCGUCAUGGUCGAUGCCAAGGAGACCGGCUACUUUGAGCGUGGGCACGGUUCCGGAUUCGGAGGGAGUUCGUUUGGCAAUCCGGGCCCAAUCGGAAGCAUGGUGAACGGACCGCGCAACGCAUCGCUGGACAUGUUUGCCCGAACGCACGAUCCCAUCAGCUACAUUUCGCAGGAACGCGCCCAAGCCGCCAUGAACAACAUGCCGGUUCCGGUGGGAAUGUUUAUGAACUUGUCGAACGUUCCGCCGCGUUUCUACCAGCAGCAACAGGCCGUCCAAGCGGCCAAGCAAGCUCGCCGCGUCAAACCCGGACCGAUCGGCAGCAAGCCGAAGCCGCGCCCAAUCGGACCUCCGUCCAGCCAGAACAACGCCAUCGGCGCCGGUUCGCUCACCCAGGGCAUGUCCCAAAACAUGUCCCAGCCCGGCUUCAGUCUGUCCCAGCAGCCGGACUUUUCCCAGGACUACCUGGCCGAGUACCAGUCCCAGGUGGACGGGCUCCUUUCGCAGGACUCCACCUUUGGCGCCGGCCCCAGCCAAUCGGGCGUCGGCAGUGGCGCCGACCGGCUCGUGUUUGAACUUCCACCGAACCAGUUCUCCCAACCGUACUGAUAGAGGACGACACGACACGACACACGUGCGCUCGAUGAAUGCGCGGCAGCAGCAGGAUGGCCACGAAGCCGCCGUGCAGAGUCCCCGGGGAAACAAUGCAAACAAACGUAACGACGGAACACUACCGAGAGAGAGAGCAAGAGAGCAACAGCAGCAGCAGCAAAAUUGUCUACGCGCGCCACAUCAACCAAUCGCAGUUAUACCGAGGAAGAAGCAGAAGAAGGAGAGCGAGCGAGAAACGAAAGGAAAAGGAAAAAAAGAAGUUAAAGGAAACCAAACGUGAAAAACGCUGAACGCGCGCGCGCGCGCCAGGCUCAGAGGGAUUUGGCCACCGGCGCUGACGAUGAUCAACCGGGAAACUCCGGGCGCACCGGGCAAGGGCGUGCGAGCGACGAAGCGCGCGCGCGUGGAAGCUUUUGAAUAAACCAUCUCCGCACACCUGACCGGAAUUCUUGUCCCCGCUCUCUGUUUGGCGACCGGCCAAACCGGAUCCGGAAGUAAUCGAUGAGGGGCGGGGCGGCGGUGUCGAGAUGUCGUUUGCGCCGAAGAGGGCCUGUUCUAGGGAACAGUAACACUAGUUUUGUUUACUCUUUAACGACAGACACGUGUUCGCGUUCUGUUAAACCUUUUGUUUCUACCGCACACAAACACACACACACACACACACACAGAUGGACACACUCUCGUUUCACAACAAGUUUUAUUUUGUUCUACUUUUUCGGGUAAAUUGCGACUGCGACCGGCAGGAAGAGCAAGUUUAGGGUUGUGGCUUCAGUUGAGCUAGGGAAACAACAGUUUGAGUAGCCACACACGCACACACACAAUCCUGUCGGUUGGACAAGAGCGUAAGAAAGCAAAAGAAAAAAAAAGCAAAACCUUUUUCAACGAAUUGUUAUAUUUUACUAUCUGGUUCACAAUUCAGGCUUUUGAUUUGUGGGCACUUCUUCAAUUAUUAAAAAAAAACCUUAUCUUGAAAUACAGAUUAAAACAUCAUGUUAGUAGCAUAGAAAAAAAAAAAACAAAAAAAAUCACGUAGAAUGAGAAAAGGAAGUACCUUGCUUGAACCGCUAAUUUGGAAUUUGUCAGAAAACAAUACAAAAAAAAAAAACAAUAUUACGCAAGCAAAAACAUUAUUUAAAAAGGCAAACAUACUUCAUUGCACUCAAGCCGCAUGGCGGCACGAAGUUGCAAACAAAAAAGACAUUUUGGUUAUCAUAUAAAUUGUAAUGGGGUACAAUCUUUUUCUCAAUAAAUAGUUUGGUUCGGCAAAAAA